UUAAUUUCUAUACUAAUUUUGAUUCUGAUAUAUAAUUCAUAUUGUUUUGAAUUGAAGUCCUAGAAUUCUGAAAUUAGCGUUAGCUGGCUCGUCAAAAACCAUAGCUUUUGUUCUAGUAACUGUUCUUGAUUUAUGUAAGUUGAGGAAGAAUUUAUAUAUUUUGGGUUAUGCUAAAUGUUUGCUUUAUUUUUUUUUUUAGGCUAUAGAAGUUAUUUGAUCAGAAAGCUCUGAAAUUCAAGAUUCUUGGAAGCCAUGGCUCGGUUCCGAAAUAAGAAGAAGGUGUUUGUGAAGCCGGUAUUGAAGAAGAAGCAACCUACUGUGGACCAUAUCACAGGCGAUAAGAUUCCAAAGAGCUUUGUGUUUGCGAGAGGGAAGUUGCCUGGUCCUCUCAGGCAACUUCAAAUGGAUUUGAGAAAGUUGAUGCUUCCCUAUACUGCUCUCAAUCUUAAGGAGAAGAAACGGAAUAGUCUCAAAGAUUUUUUGAAUGUUGCUGGGCCUAUGGGUGUAACGCAUUUCCUCAUAUUGUCAAAAACUGCAACCUCACCCUACUUGAGGGUUGGAAGGACCCCACAAGGCCCAACUCUUACAUUUAAGAUACAAGAAUACUCAUUGGCAACUGAUGUUGCUCAAUCUCAAUUGCGUCCUAGAUGUCCUCAAGAUCUUUUCAAAAAUUCUCCUUUGAUUGUUCUUUCUGGUUUUGGGACUGGUGAUCAACAUCUAAAGCUCACAACCAUAAUGUUUCAGAACAUCUUUCCCGCCAUUCAUAUAAACACCGUCAAACUUUCUUCUUGCCAGAGAAUUGUGUUGCUUAAUUAUAACAAGGACACAAAGCUUAUCGAUUUUCGGCAUUAUUCCAUAAGAUUACAGCCUGUGGGUGUCUCCCGUAGAGUUAGAAAAUUUGUGCAGAACCAUCAAUUCCCAGAUUUAAGGAAUCUUCAGGACGUGAGCGACUUUAUCACAAAGGCUGGGUAUGGAUCAGAAAGUGAAGCAGAUGAAGAAGCAGCGACCGUGACUCUGUCUAGUGAUCUUGGUAGAGUAAACCGGGCUUCAACAAAAAGUGCUGUCAAACUUCAAGAGAUCGGACCCAGAAUGACUCUUGAACUCAUCAAGAUUGAGGAAGGAUUGUGUUCCGGCGGGGUCAUCUUCAGCGCAUAUGGAAAUGGUGAGGGCAAGAAAACGCAGGACAAUGGGACAGAUCCUGAAAAUGAGGAUGCGGAUGAAGACAAGGAAGACAUGGAUGAAGAUCAGGAAGAUGAUGAGGUGGACUAGUUGCUGCCCAAGUUGGAAACUGAAGUGGGGGGUACUUUUUGGUAUUUUUGAAGCCUCACUUGCUCACGAGGGAAAUUCUGUACCUAUAUCUAUAGGGAAACUCCACCGAGUGCUAAUUGUAGAGAGAGAGAGCCUCCUUGGCACUGUUGCCUAUAAUCAUAAAUAUUAUGUUCUUGUUUUGUUUUUUUGAAGUAAAAAAGAAACAUUAUUUCGGGUUCAACAAGAGGAUUUCUGGGUUUUAAUUGCCUUGA